AUGGAAGAAUCUUUGCAACGCCAAAACUGGGAGCAAAUUCGGAAACAUAUUAAAAUAGUUCUCUCUAACUUGCAAUGUGGUAAUGUCGUGGAAUCAUUCAAACAGCUCUUUGAAGUUAACGUGCUGAGAGGUAAAGGUAUACUGGUUGUAGAAAUUAUGAAAAUGCAGUUUAAGAAUGAUAAUAGUCCUGCUUUUGCAGCGUUGGUCGCUUUAUUUGAGGAAUUUAUUCCAUUUUUGGGCUAUACUCUCUCUCGUGAAUGUCUAUUACAGUUCUUUGAGUGUUAUCAACGGGGGGAUUUUACUGGAUGUUAUGCUGCAUCAUCCUUAGCAUGUGAAUUGUGCAACAGAGAUGUUUUGCAUGAAAUUGGAAUUUUUCAGCUACUGUUUCUACUGCUUGAGAAGCCGAACAGAAACUCCAUCGAUAUGGUAUGCUAUAUGCUAUCUGUAUCUGGUUAUCAUCUGUUGGAGGUUAGCAAGUAUGUACACAAUCAAAUAUUUGAUAAAUUGAGGAAUUUGGUACAAGAUGGUAAUUUAUCGAAUGUAAGCAGUGAUCAAAUUCAGUCUUUACUGAGCCUUCGAAGGACCAAUUAUAAGGGUGUUCGUCGAAGUAUUGAGCUACCAGAACAUAAGGUUCAGACACAUAGAGUCAUAGUGCAGCUUGAACCUGUUGUUGAAAAGCCCGCAAAGGAUUUGGAUAUCGUUCAGCUUGAUAGUGACUUCUUUGAUACAGAGGAAAGGUUUACAGUGCUUAGAGAAAAGGUAAUGUUGUUAUACAACGUGAAGAACGAGGAACAAGAAGCUGUAACUGAUAUGACAAACUCGGAUGACGUUCGAUUUAAGAAGCAAAUUUACUUAAUAUUAAAAAAUUCAUUGUCGGGUGACGAAGCAGCUCAUAAGCUACUGAGAUUACGUAGUGAUGGGGAUCAGAAGAAGACUAUUGCAGACAUAAUUGUAAGAUCCUGCUCCCAAGAACAAACAUACACCAAGUUCUACGGAAUAACCUCUGAGAAGCUCUGUUUAAGCCAUAGAAGCUGGAAGACUGCGUUUGAAGUUACUUUUAAGGACAUAUAUACUACCAUAGAAAGUUUUGAAUCUAACCAGUUGAGGAAUAUGGGAAAGUUUUGGGGACAUCUAUUGGCUACAGACUAUUUGGGAUUUGAGGUAUUUAAUUGCGUGCAUAUGAAUGAGCAAGAGACCACUCCAUCUGGUAGAGUAUAUUUGAAGUUUGUCUUCAAUGAGCUUGUAGAAGAUCUUGGAAUACAAGAAUUACAGAACCGUCUUAAUGAGCCUUACAUACAGUCGUAUAUUAAAAAUUUAUUUCCUCAGGAGGGUGCUGAAAAGACUGUAUUUGCUAUAAAUUACUUCACUGCUAUUGGAUUAGGUGAUCUAACUGAGAAGAUGAGAAAUGCUCUAACUGGUGUAAACCAGGAAGUAACACUUAAGGAAUCUAAUAUACCCAACCAAAUAUCUAGGAAUGAACCAAUGCCAGCAAGACGAGGAAGGUCGAGGUCCCCUCGAAGAGAUGUCCCCAUCCAGCAAUCCCGUAAUAUAGCUAAUAGUCCUGUGCGUUCUCUUAGGAGAGCACGUUCUCGGACCCCACCCCCUAGAUUUCGGAUUUAG